AUGGGUCAUCUGUAUUUGCUACGUUAUUGAAAGACUUGCACAUUCUUUGGUGUCAACGGUUGCAUUUUAUCCAAACUGAAAAUUCUUAAAAAUAUACCUUAACCAGAAGAUAUUUCUUUAAAAAAUGAGUUCUAUAUUGUUUGGUUUGUUGCUUGUAAUAAUAUUAAUAUGUUAUUAUUUAUUCCAGUUCACCAUGCAGUCGACCAUUUUAUUAAUCUUUGCCGCUCUUGUAGCCUGCACCUACGCACAGGUAUCCUUGCCACCGGGUUACGCACAAAAGUAUCCCCAAUACAAGUACUCAAAGGUAGCUCGUCAUCCACGAGACACGACGUGGGAACAUAAUGUUGGUAGAGGAAAGAUAUUCGGUACUCUUGGAAGCAAUGACGACUCCGUCUUCGGUAGAGGAGGCUACAAGCAAGACAUUUUCAAUGACCACCGGGGCAAGUUAUCUGGCCAAGCUUAUGGCUCAAGAGUGAUAAACGACUAUGGUGGCAGCAGUAUACUUGGUGGCAAACUAGACUGGUCUAACGACAACGCAAGAGCAGCUCUGGAUGUACAUAAGGAAAUUGGAAGGGGUAGUGGUAUGAAACUCUCCGGCGAUGGUGUAUGGAAGCUUGAUCACAACACACGUUUAAGCGCUGGAGGAAACCUGCAGAAAAACUUUGGACAUAACAGACCUGAAUUCGGAAUUCAAGGGAAAAUUGAACAUGAUUUUUAAGUUCAAUAUAAAUGUUAUUAAUCUUUAAGGCGCUCUUUUAUUCUUUUCUGUCACAAUACAAUACCUUACAAAGAGAGAGUCUACUUAAUUUUUUGAAUUAUAGAAUUACAGUAUUCCUAAUAAUUGUUCCUCAAAGUUUAAUUACAAAUCUACCACAAAAGUUACUUUAUAAAACACCUACAAAAAUACAUUGUAAGAAAUAUAUUUACUUCUAGAUAGGUAUGUUAAGAAAAAAGAGAGUUAUCUGACAUAUUUUUCGUGUAAGGUUAAAAGGAGGAUUUAUAUGUAAAUCACUGUAACUGUAAAUAAAUUGUUUUUAAAGUGUAAAUAAAUAUCGUUGUCGUAAUGUCGACUUUUUUUUCCUAACUUAAAUUCAAUUAAGGUUCAACUGACAACUGAGAACAAACAACGCCAUCUAUCUAGUACCCGCGUUAACGUAAGAAACUUCGACCUUCGCAUGUUAUG